AUGACCUCCACUUCGCCCUCUACGAGGCCGAUAUUCGACCCUGUCGAUACCGCAUUCGAUCCCAACGAAGUGAGCGCGCGAGACGAUGUAGAGUCACCAUCGUUAUCGAGCAGUAAUGCGCUCGCACGCUUCGAGUUCCAGCCGGGGAAGAGUAAAGAAGGCACAAAGGUGUUGAUGGUAGAGUGGGAAGACGAUCCUACUACCCAGCAUAUCCGAGGAGACUGGGAAGUCAGCUGGGAAGGCAAGCGGACCGUUCUACCUGCUCGAGAGACUGCAGACGGAGGGGAGAUACCGGUCAACCGGCUGUACUUCUUUCUCGGCCCAGGGGUCGCUAUCCCGGCGACGGUGAAGUUGCAGAAGGGAAAUGUGAUAUGGAGGACGAACCCGCUGCCAGCGAUCUUCUCGCCGGAGCUUGGGUAUACUGCAACGCAGGCGGGGAAGCGGGGGGUGUUGCAUACGAUCUGGGCGAAGAAGAGGCUGCAGGUGCUGCAGCAGGAGAUUGAGAAUGAAUUGAAGGAGAAUGUGGAGGGUAUAGGGUUGGAAAUGGCGGUCGCGGAGAAGGAGUGGAUAGAGCAGAACUUCGGUGUCGCAGCGAGAGCCGGGAGUAUCGCACUGUCGAAUCAACCUGCCAUGGCUUCGGUGAAUCUGGGUGGGAGUCCUUCAUCUCCUCGCAGCCCUGGUGGAGGUCGGCUUAUGGACAAGCUGAAAGGUUUGAAAGUCGGGACAACACAGCAAGACUUGCAGAGCAGGCCUCCAGGGGCUGGAGCAGGCCAGCCGGACACUUACCACAACCCACUCAGCCCAGAGACGUCGGACAUCGCAGUCGGAGCCUUCGGCAGCUUCGCAGCAAUCAAAGGAGCACCACCAAACUCUUCUCCACUCGCAUCCAGGCAACCGCCAGGGGCACAGCGCAAAGUAGCGGCGCAAAGCCCUCCAGAGGCGGUAGCAGCCCAGCAGAGACAGCAAGCAGGUGGCAUGGCAUCGCUCGAUGCAUUCGCACAGGGCGACGCCGCUUCAGGAACUAUUGGGGCUGCCGACGACAGAGACGACCUAUUCGCACUGCCCAUGAGCCCGCGAAGUCCGGCGGAAACCACUCGAAGUCCCUUCACUUUUGGCACACAGGACACGACGAGAUAUCUAAAGGGCGAGAAGGCGCAGGCUUGA